AUGUUUUCGAAGAUGGCGUUGUCACGUACAGUCAUAUUUGCCCUGCUUUCUAUGCAGUUCCAUUUUGUCUUUACAGACGGGUAUGAGAAGCCAAUGGAAAGAAAUCGAUUGAAGGUAAAUUUAUGCACCCAAAGUACCUUCUACUGAUGUGAUAAAGACAUAUUCGCGUUAGAAAUUGACAAUUUGUGCUUCGUUUCAAGGCACAGUCAUACUGGUUUAAAAUUCCACGUAACGGCUGUGUCAUUCACGAGAUAUCAACGUUUGUUUUAGAGACAAAGAGUAGAUGGAAAGUACCACGAGAAAUAAGGGAACGCAUGCUUUCUCUAUAGGCCGGAACGGUUGAGAUAAUUGUUCCAGAUACUAAACAACUAAAAUUUGAGUUUGCAUGGUCAAGUAAAUCGUGAGUAACAGAAGGAUUUAUUGGUGGGGUGAAGGAGGGGGGGGGGGGGGGGGGGUCGGCCCUCAAUCGAGUCGUGCCAUGCCUGAGUACAUCACGAGGGAGUGAGGCUCACUGCUACCUUUUAAUUCGGGAAGGCGAUUCAGUAGGCUGUACUUGUAAAUAUCUCGAGGGAGGAUUCAAAAUUAAAAAAGGGGACAUGUGCGUAUCAAUAUGCAGUAACAGGAGUUUGUUAUCAUAAUUAUGGGCUCCUGAUAAGAAUAAAUUUUCAGGUGUUGACCUGACUUCCCAGUUAUAGCGUUCUCUUCUCCUCUGUCUCCAACCAACCCUCUCCCCCUUUAUUUUUAGAGGCAAAGAGAGACUAGAAGAUAAGACAGGGAAAUAUUUCACUCGCUCUGAAUUAUGACAUAAUGAUCUAAUGCGCAGUCGAUGAGAAGUAGAAAGCCAGUAGCCCCCAACCCCCCUCCUUCACUUUCUAGGAAAAAACAUGUGAAAAUAAAACAUUAGAAGAGGUUCCCCCUCCCCUGGAAAACUGUUACCUUCGGAUGAUGAUCUCUCACACUCUUUCUAGAGAGCCCUCAGUGAUGAUGAUAUCAUACUUGGUCUUAAAAUGUACGAAACGAAAAUGGCCGGUUUGCAGAGAAAAAUCGCACAGCAACUGGCAAGCAUGAAGAAACAAAAAAGUCGGAUCAACUUUAUCAAGUUUUAUAUGAAAAGAAAAGGGGACGACUACGAGAAGGAAGACCUGGAGGGAAAUAUUAUAGCUGAUACUGAAAAGGGCAAACAGAAUCUACAGCUCGCAUCACUUGACAACCUGGUGAGGGAAGCAGAUCAUCAGGAGGAGCGACAACGGGUGAGUGACAGGUAUCAUUUAGCCUAGGUGACAGUUCAAGUUCAAAGUUCUGUAAGCUUGUAAUGCGUGUCGGGAAUAUCGCUUCUAGUACACCAGGUCAAGCCUUCAUUAUAAAUUUCUGCGUAAAACAGAUUUUUUUUUUAAAGCGAUAAAGAUUGUGAUUUAAAAAAAAACUAAUUUGUUUGUUUAUAUAUCAAAGUGUUAAGAUACUUUGUAGAAACAGCUAUACGUAAAAAAAUAUAUUUGAAAUGUAAUUUAUCCUUAAGUCUGAAAAUGAACCUCGAGCUUGUAGGAAAUCCAAACAUUUCAAAACUUCUUCUUUAAUUUUCGUCUCUUAUAUUGGUGGAAGUCUUUCAGGUAUUGAUAAUUAUGACUGAGUCGUUCUAAAGGAAAAUAAAACCCGAGAUGGAACAAGGAUGGAAAGCCAGUAUUGUAAAAUAUUAUUAAAAGUGGCCACGUAUGUAAGUUUAAGGGCAUAUAUGUACAUAGCUGCAAAGACUGGGGGGAAUUUUCUGUGGAGAAAAAUGAUGCAUACGAGACUGCCUGCACUACCAUUGUUCUUUCUCGAAUACCACCUCAUUCCUUGGGAAAUCAUUACUACUUCCUAUCAGGCAAAAUAAAGAACUGAAUAAAUAGAUGAAUGAAUUAAAUGAAAGAUUUUGAAUUUUAGGCGACUUUAAGACGGCAUAAUUCAAACCUAUAACGUACUUAGUUUAAACAAAAAAGAUGCCCACCGAUUAUCGUUUUCCUAUUGCUUACAGGGUACCACUCGGGAGAUUUCGUACCAGUACUUACAAUGUGCCCCCUUGGGGGUUCUGACAGGGAGAUAGGUGACGCUUCAGACUAAAAUUUUAAUUCUUGGUCUAUAUUCGCUGCUGAAAUUUCCAUUUUGUUUCCAUUUGCCAUCAGGGACUCUUGGAAGAACUUAGGAAAGAAAACACCGUUAUGAGUGACAUUCACAAGCGCGUGCUAGAUAAUAACGCGAUCUGCCGUGACACAUACACUGAAUGGAAAGACGUGGGUAGGGGUACGAUCAGAGAACUCUCCAAGCAGUACGUGAAAUGCAAUGAAGACGAGCUUUUGCUCCGAUUUUAUUUGCAGAAGAAGUCCACAGCUGCUAAGAAAAUCAGAUAUAAAUAUCGAUGUUGUCGAUUUAGUUUGAAAGAUAAAUGGCAAAGGCCAGACGACAUGUGAAGUCACCUAGUUCUUGAAUGGAAGAACUUUGCAUUUAGCUCUGAUUAAUCAUAGCUUACUGACACUUUGUACCUCCUGAUUUUGCCAUGACUAUUUUGGACUAGCUUUGAGAGCAACGAACAACUUACCUUCAUUUGUUUAUUUUUCCUGGAAUCCUUAAAUCGGAGAUAAAAUUAGAUCGUAGAUGAAUUAGAUUUGGUUUUUUUUUAUCAGACUAAUCUCUAUUUCGUGAAAGUGAUCCUGUCUUUUUUUCCCUAUGUUCGGUGGCCGAUUUGACUCUCAUAAAUCCUCGCAAAAAUAAUCUACCCCUAUAAUAUAUAUAAUGAGUAUUCCAAGAAACCUUGACGGAAGACUGCCUGACCUUGUUAGCAUAUAUCGAACGUGAAUAAAUUAGAGUCAGCAAGAGUAAUGUUAAAGUCGAAGACAUGCACAAAGAGCACGGUUAUCAACUGUAAAGAGCCCACAUCAACUUUUACGUGUUUUGUGGGCAUCACACAACUUUGUGUAAAGGAACUAGGGGGUUCUUCGUCUCUUUUUUUUUUUUUUUCCUUUUCUUUUUUUUUGUUUCGUUCUUGCUUCAAUUUCGUAAACAACUGUCUGAGGAUGGGCUCAGAAAAUGUAAGUUAACAACUUACAACUGAUUAAACGCAAUUUUUGAUUUCUCUAAAUUAAAAUGAUUUUAUUCAAUUAUUUCCCCAAAUCAAGACCUAUGUAGUCAAACUUGGGUCAUGAACACAGAAACAUGUUUUCUUUCAUGAAAAUGCAGGGAUGAAUUGUGAAAUACACUGAAAUCCGUCAAACAAAAGGAAAGAACAUAGGCUGAACAUAUGAACUUUGUUAUCAGCUGCAAACGUGUGGGAUCGUCUAGACAUGACUCUCCUGUCUCAAUUGCAUUUCAAAAUUCACUCUGCUCGCGAAGUGUAGAACAUAAUUGACCAACUCGGCGAUGUUGGUGUUUUUUUUUCUUUUUUUUUUAAUCUCUCCAUUGAAAGUUGUACCCAAAAAAAUAUCAUAUAUUUAAGCACUUUCUAUAGGUUUACCGAUGUUAGGAGGACGCUAGAAAAGUUUAUAAAUCACGAGCCGAUUUACUAUUUUAAAAUAAACUUAAUUUCUCUUAAUUUUCUAUGGGUUUAGUGCGAUUAACGAUAAGGUUUUUUAACCAAUCAGGGCGUUGGUAGCAUCUCAGUCAUUCUGGCAACAAGAACAUCUGGCAACCUUGUUAAUGAUAAGAUUGUUUUAUAUAAACAGUUAGGUUCAAAUUUUACAUGAACCUUACAGUGACUUCCAAUGAUAGUCAAUUAGCACAUUUAACGUCAUAUCAAAGCUAUCGCAAUUCAUAACUGUGUACAUUUAGUCAGUGAUACACCGCGUUGAAGAAAAAAAUCAUCGUGAACAGUCAUAUUCUCUUGGAAUAUUACAUGUAGACAGUAUGUUUAAUGUAGCAUUUUCUCAGUCAUUUAGUA